AUAGCAAGCCAGCGCUCGAGAGGCCGGGAGACUGGGGUGGAGCCUUGGGAGACUGCGGAGGCAGAAUUCUCAGGAUUUACUAUGUGGAUUAUCUUAUCAUCUUUCUAAAAACGGGUGGAAUUGGCUAUGGAUAAUUCAUAUGAUUUCAGUGAACGAAGUUCAUGUAAUGGAAUUUCAUCUGAGAGGAAAAAUAACUUCCUUGUGUCAGAAGAUCAUGGGCAGAAAAUCCUAAGUGUUCUGCAGAAUUUUAGAGAACAAAAUGUCUUUUAUGAUUUCAAAAUAAUUGUGAAGGAUGAGAUCAUCCCCUGUCAUCGGUGUGUGCUAGCAGCAUGCAGUGACUUUUUCAGGGCUAUGUUUGAAGUAAAUAUGAAAGAAAGAGAUGACGGAAGUGUUACAAUUACUAAUUUAUCCUCCAAAGCAGUAAAAGCAUUUCUUGAUUAUGCCUAUACUGGAAAAACAAAAAUCACAGAUGAUAAUGUGGAAAUGUUCUUCCAGUUGUCAUCAUUUCUUCAAGUUACCUUCCUCUCCAAAGCUUGCAGUGACUUUUUAAUAAAAAGCAUUAAUCUCGUCAAUUGUUUACAUUUAUUAUCUCUAUCAGAUAGCUAUGGCUCUGCCCGUUUGUUUGACCAUGCUUUAUACUUUGUACAGCACCAUUUUUCCUUGUUAUUUAAGUCGAGUGAUUUCUUAGAGAUGAGUUUUGGAGUCCUGCAGAAAUGUCUGGAAUCAGACGAAUUAAAUGUUCCCGAGGAAGAAACAGUACUGAAGUUCGUCCUUAGUUGGAUUAAACAUAACUUAGAAUCAAGGCAAAAGCAUCUGCCCCAUUUGAUUCAAAAAGUAAGACUGCAUCAUUUAUCUGAGGAUACGCUUCAAGACUAUCUGCUCAAUGAAGAAUGUUUACUUAAAAGCACUAACUGUUUUGACAUAAUGGUAGAUGCCAUUAAGUGUGUGCAAGUUUCUAGUGGCCUCUUCCCUGAUGCUCGGCCAUCCACAACUGAGAAAUAUAUAUUCAUCCACAAGACUGAGGAAAAUGGAGAAAACCAAUAUACAUUCUGCUAUAAUAUUAAAACGGACUCAUGGAAAAUCCUACCCCAAUCACAUCUGAUUGAUUUGCCGGGGUCUAGUCUAUCUAGUUAUGGAGAGAAAAUCUUUCUGACUGGUGGCUGCAAAGGGAAGUGCUGUAGAAAGGUCCGCCUUCAUAUUGCUGAGACUUACCAUGAUGCCACUGAUCAGACCUGGUGCUACUGUCCAGUCAAAAAUGACUUCUUCUUGGUAUCAACUAUGAAAACACCAAGAACCAUGCAUACUUCAGUUAUGGCACUCAAUAGGUUAUUUGUCAUUGGUGGAAAGACUAGAGGAUCUCAGGAUAUUAAAAGUCUCCUUGAUGUUGAAUCUUACAACCCCCUCUCCAAAGAAUGGACAUCUGUGAGCCCAUUACCCAGAGGCAUAUACUACCCUGAAGCAAGUGCAUGCCAAAAUGUAAUUUACGUUCUUGGAUCAGAGGUAGAGAUUGCGGAUGCAUUCAACCCAUCACUUGAUUGCUUUUUUAAAUACAAUGCCACAACCGAUCAGUGGUCUGAACUAGUGGCAGAGUUUGGGCAGUUUUUUCAUGCUACUCUCAUUAAAGCUGUCCCUGUGAACUGCACGCUAUAUAUAUGUGACCUUUCCACAUAUAAAGUUUACAGUUUCUGUCCUGAUACUUGUGUUUGGAAGGGUGAAGGGUCUUUUGAAUGUGCAGGAUUUAAUGCAGGUGCAAUUGGAAUCGAAGAUAAGAUUUAUAUUCUAGGUGGGGAUUACGCACCAGAUGAAAUCACAGAUGAAGUCCAGGUCUACCACAGCAGCAGAUCUGAGUGGGAAGAAGUUUCACCAAUGCCCAGGGCCUUAACUGAAUUUUACUGCCAGGUGAUUCAGUUCAAUAAAUACAGGGACCCGUGGUUUUCCAAUCAUUUCUAAAGGUAGUAUGUGCUUACAUAUUCUAAAUCUGUUCCAGUUCUAGUAACCUACAGGUAAAUUUAUUUAUUGUAAGGAUUGGCUAAAAGGUCUUUACAUCUUAAUAUUCCUCCUCUAAGAGAAUUACCAUGUAUGUAUGCUGUCUAUGAAGAAAGAGUUCCCAGAUAUUUUAAGUGAAAAAGACAUUGUAUCAAAAAUUAGGCUGAAUUAUGAUUUAAUCUCAAAGAUUCCAGAACACUUAGCAUUCUUAAAUGUAAGUAAAAGUUAUAGGCUUUGAUGCUUUGUUUUUUAUAAAGUAUUUUAACCAUGAAAAGUAGUAAGAAAAAAAAAACAAGAGUUUAUAGGUCUGUGCAAUUUAGGUGGAGGAAGCCCCUUGUAAUAGUAAAAAGGUAAUUGUGAAAGUAAAAGGUAAAAGUCUAUUAUGAUGUUAGAGGCAAUUUAGAAAAUAAGAGCUGUUGAAUUCAUUUUUUCAGGUCCUUCUUUAAUUUUUUGUCAGACUUUUUUUAUUGAAACAUAUUUUCCUAUCCUUCUAGUCAGUACAA